GCAGAAAUGGCCAUUUUUGUUCCCUCCUGAUGGGGUUCCCCUCCAGACAUGAAGAGGUGUAUCAUCUCGUUAUCUCAUUGUCGCUUGCCGAUUCUCUCUUCUUUCCAAUUGGGUUCUGCUCCCGGCGUCUUCCCAUUCUUCUUCGUCGGAAGUUUGAGCCACAACCUCUCCUCCUUAGGCUUAAGUGGUACCAGUAGGCCUUUCCCUGAUUAUUCCCCGAAGAAACCAACCAUCACAGACGCGGAACUCGUCCUCCACAUCUUCACUGCUAUCAAACAGCGACGCUACGAGCCACUUCGACGCGUCCUAAAGCCUUUUGAAUCCAAAUUCAGGCCCGAUCACCUUAUCUGGGUCCUUGUGAGAAUCAAGAACGAUUACGAAUUGGUUAUCGAUUUUUUCAACUGGGCAUGCUUGCGUAGAGAUCCGACCUUGGAAGCUCGAUGCAUAGUUGUUCAGAUAGCCGUUUCUUCUAAGCAUCCGAAGACGGCUCACGAACUUAUUCGUGAUUUCUGGGUGAAACCCAAGUUAGAUGUUGGUCUCUCCUUCAGCCAUUUCGUCGAACGUUUGAUAUACACUUAUAAAAACUGGGGUUCGAAUCCCCUCGUCUUCGAUAUUUUCUUCCAAGUACUUGUUGAGGCUGGAACGUUUAAUGAAGCAAGGAAGCUGUUUGAUAAAAUGUUGAACUAUGGAGUGAUUAUCUCUGUUGAUUCCUGUAACCUUCUUCUCUCUCGCUUGUCGAACACCUUUACUGGUGUUGACAUCGCCUUGAAAAUUUUUAGUGAAUUUCCUGAUAUGGGUGUUUGCUGGAACACCGCAUCACACAAUAUAAUAAUCGACAGUCUCUGCCGAUUAGGGAAACUAAAGGAAGCUCACUCUCUUCUCCGUGAAAUGGAGUCAAGGGGCUGUGUUCCUGAUGUUAUUAGUUACAGUACUCUUGUUGAUGGCUACUGUCAUGCUGGGGAUCUCCAAAGAGCACUGGAGCUCAUAGGGGAAAUGGGACUUAAAGAUUUAAAGCCAAAUGCAUUUACCUAUAAUAGCAUUAUCGUUUUCUUGUGUAAGAACAGUCAAGUAGUAGAAGCAGAGAGGGUGUUGAGGGGGAUGAUGAGUCAUGGCAUAGCUCCGGAUAAUGUGGUGUACACUGCACUCAUUGAUGCAUUCUGCAAAUUGGGAAAUCUACAGGCUGCAUAUUGGCUCUCCAAUGAGAUGCAGAAUCGCCAGAUUGUUCCUGAUAACAUAACAUAUACUGCCCUCAUUUGUGGGCUUUGUAGAAGUGGAAAGAUGGUGGAAGCAGAUAAGUUAUUCCAUGAAAUGCUUGGUAAACGGUUGAAUCCAGAUGAAAUCACUUAUACCGCGGUAAUUGAUGGUUAUUGCAAGGCAGGUCAGAUGAAAGAGGCUUUUGCUGUUCACAACCAAAUGGUUCAGAUGGGUCUUACCCCUAACAUUGUCACUUACACAGCAUUGGCAGAUGGUCUCUGUAAACAGGGAGAUCUGGAAGCUGCAAAUGAACUUCUUCAUGAGAUGUGCAGCAAGGGUCUGGAACUGAAUAUAUACACAUACAAUUCACUAAUUAAUGGUCUUUGCAAGGUGGAAAAUACAGUGCAAGCAGUCAAGCUCAUGGAAGAUAUGGAGUUAGCAGGGCUUCAUCCAGAUACAAUUACUUAUACCACUCUAAUGGAUGCUUAUUGCAAAUCAGGAGAGAUGGUUCGCGCUCAUGAGCUCCUUAGUGAGAUGCUGGAUAAAGGUCUUCAACCAACAGUGGUAACAUUCAAUGUGUUGAUGAACGGGUUUUGUAUAUCGGGGAUGCUGGAAGAUGCUAAAAGGCUGCUAAGCUGGAUGCUAGAGAAGGGUAUCAAGCCAAAUGCCACAACAUAUAAUUCUCUUAUGAAGCAAUACUGCAUUGGAAAUGAUAUGAGGUCCACCAUUGAAAUCUAUAAAGGGAUGUGCACUCAAGGGGUGAUUUCUGACAGCAACACAUAUGACAUUUUGAUAAAAGGGCAUUGUAAAGCAAGGAACAUGAAAGAGGCAUGGUAUCUUCACAAAGAAAUGGUUAGUAAAGGAUUCAGUCCCAGAGUGAGUUCAUAUAAUGCACUCAUCAAGGGGCUUUUCAAGAAAAAGAGAUUUGCUGAGGCAAGGGAAAUAUUUGAUGAGAUGAGGAGAGAAGGUUUUGUUGCUGAUAAAGAAAUAUACAAUUACUUUGUUGACCUAAACUAUGAUGAGGGGAAUAUUGAGAUGACCCUCAAGCUUUGUGAUGAAGCAAUUGAGAAUUUUCUUGUGAAGAAGACUCACAAUGAACAAAGGUAGCUUCGCUUUAUUCAAUUGUUGGUGAUGCUUUUACAGUAUUGCGUGGCUCUGGCUGAGUGGAUUCUCAUGGUGACAGAUGCCUUCAACAUACUUACCUUGUCGAUUUAUAACCACGGUAAGUUCUAAAUCUUUUGCUCCUAUAACACAUGUCCCCUGUAAUAUCUGUUUAGAUUUUAGAAGUUGGUUCGUAUCUACAAAAUCCAAGUGUCUAGAUAAAUUGCACUUAAGCUUCUUGUCUUUGAAGGUUAAAUGUGUUUUUCUGUAUUCAAACUAUUUACAUGUAAAGCUACAACUUCUAGGAAGUGAUUAAUGCUUCUUACUGGGUGUCGAAGAGAAUUCUGUACGGAGCUAUCUAUGUAAAGAGUUGUCCACAUUCAUUGGAAUAAAAAAAAUCAAGAAAUUAAUAGUUGAAGAGAUCAAGUGGGUUUAAGUUUUCGUUUCUUGACUUUUAAGGUUUAGAGCUCUCAACAAGCAAUUCUUUUGACAUCACCCCAUAAUGUGCUAGUUAGUGGCUGAGUCUUCUCAGAACACCCUCAGGAGGGGAUAUUGUCUUGAUCACUUAAAGGUGUAGUAUUUGUUGCACUCUUGGU